AUGCCCAGUCCCAGUCCCGUGGCCAGUCCCGUGCCCAGUGCCGGUCCCAGUCCCGUUCCCUGUUCCAGUCCCGGUUCCAGUCCCAGUCCCAGUCCCGGUCCCGUGCCCGGUCCCGUGCCCAGUCCCGUGCCCAGUCCCGUGCCCAGUCCCGGUCCCAGUCCCAGUCUCAGUCCCGGUCCCAUUCCCGUGCCCAGUCCCGUGCCCAGUCCCGGUCCCAGUCUGGUGCCCAGUCCCGGUCCCAGUCCCGGUCCUAGUCCCAGUCCCAGUCCCAGUCCCGGUCCCAGUCCCAGUCCCGCUCCCGUGCCCGGGCCCAGUCCCGGGCCCAGUCGCGGGCCCAGUCCCGUGCCCAGUCCCGUGCCCAGUCCCGGGCUCAGUCCCGGGCCCAAUCCCGAACCCAAAG